UUUAUUUUUUAAACCACAGAAACAAUUAGGAAGUCAUAACAUUUGUCAUUCUAUUGUUAUUACAUUAGUUUAUAUAAGAAUUUAACUCAAAUUUUUGCCUAUUAUGUGUAUACUACGACAAUAAUAUACCAAAGUUCCUAUAAUGGAGAUAGAACCACUGAAAGUGUUACUAGAAGUGAUUUUGCAAGAACUACAUACAGAUAAUAACAAAAAUGAAGAUUAUUUGCCAAAGAACUCGUUCAACUUAUCGAAAAAACUAUUCAACGGAGUUGUUCCUGAUAUACUGGAAAAUGUUGUAAGCGAUAUCAAGAAAAAAGCCGAGGAAGAGUCGAAAAAAGAAGACAGUGUGAGGAAAAUUACCUACAAGGCUCUAGUGGCUAUCUUUCGCAAUACAACUCAACACGAAAGGUUCUUAUAUCUCCAAGACCUUCUAAACCAUUUCUACAACCAGUUAGUGCAAAAGUUAAUAGAGCUGAAGCAGCACAAAUCUAUUAUCUCAAUCGAAGACUUCAACGAAAUUGUUACGACUCUCUUGCCGUUUGUAAAAUUACAAGUAUUGAAAGAUAUGUCGGAAAAUGAAAAGAAUAGUGAAAAAUCCAAAGUGGGUCUAAUGGAGUUGUAUGAAACAGUUCUAUAUCCAAACAUUACUCGAGAAGAUUGCUACGAAAUCAUCAAAAAUAAAAAAGUGGACUAUAAAGACGUAGAAUUUGUGGACUUUGAAAUCAAACCUGUCGAUGAAAAAAAUGGUUUUUUAGGUGACUAUUUCAAGUUGAAAAUUUAUAUCAAGAUCAACGAGAAAAACGAAUUGCACCAAUUGUUCCUCAAACAUAUGCCCUUAAAUAGCGACGAAAUGAGAAAAGCUAUGUCGGAAAUGUCGUUUAAAAAGGAAGAAAAGUUUUAUGUGAAAAUAAUUCCAUAUUUGAGAAAACUAGGAUUUGGUGACAUCACAGAUUUCCUACCAGAAUGUUACUUGACGAGGAAAGGUAAGUUUAUGGUGUUCGACGAUAUAUCUGCCCAGAACUUUUCCAAUCUAGAUAUACAAGUACCAUUUACCUACCACCAGCUAUCCCUAGUGUAUAAACAACUGGCCAAGUUUCAUUGCUGUGGGAUACUGUUCGAAGAAAAGUUGUCUGAAAUGUUAGGAAUCGAUUUUAGGAUGGACAACUAUUUUGGAGACAUGUUAAAAGAAACUUUUGCCAUAAAAGGUAAUGAGCAGACAAGAAAAAUGUUUGACUGUACUGUGAGAACUAACGACUACAUUUUUGAUAAGUUCCCUCACGUUUUCAAACCUGGUACAUUGGAGAACUUUAAGAAGAAAUGUGGAAGUAUGAUGAUUGGAGUUUUUGAUAUAGUGGAGCCUUCCAAAACUGUGAGAAAUUUUGUCACACACGGUGAUCUUUGGUGCAAUAAUUUCUUGUACGACUCCAACCAAACUGCAUGUCUUCUCCUCGAUUUUCAGAUUUUAAGGUACUGUCUUCCUUCCUAUGAUGCUUACUUUAUCAUGGCUAUAAAUACUGAUUUUAAAACAAGAAUAAAGUCUGGAUUAAGACUAUUGGAUGAAUAUUAUAACGACAUAAAAUCAAUAUUGUCCAAAUAUAACAUUAAUAUCAACAAAAUCAUGCCAUACGAUCAGUUUUUAAGGAAUAUAGAAGAAGUAAAACCAUACGCCCUUUUAAUGUCUUUGUUUUACAUGCCAUUGAUGCUGUUUCCCAAAGAAAAACUAGCUCAUGUUUUCCAAGAUCCAGAACAAUCACAGAUGUUCUUUGUGGAGGAUAGGAGUAAGGUAAUGGAGAAGUUUUGGCCAGAUCUGAAAUGUAAGUCGAGAUUUGAAGAUGCAGUUCAAGAAUUGUAUUUAGUGUUAAAUAAAGAAUAAUGAGUUGA